AGUACACUUACAGUUCGAAGAGUUGACCAUGUCGUCCAAAGCGCUGGCGUUGUUGCCCAUUUUUUGUUAUGCAGUCGAAUCGCUGAGAAUGUGUCGGAUAGUUGAUUGAGGCUGACGCGAGUAUGUCUUGAUCAGCACCAGAGAAAAGAACAAUGGUUGUCCGAGGUCCUGAGUAUCCGCGUUGCUGCUGCUGCUGCUUUGGUUCUAGUAAACCCCCCGGCAUAGUUCAACGAAAACAGCCACACAGACACACAACCACAAUUAAAACACCAAAAGAGGAUCGACGAUGUGCUUUGCGGUGCGUUCCGUCGACGUGGUAUGCGGUGUGGGCUGGGGUGGUCUGGAUGGGCUGGUCUGGAUGGGCAAGCAAAUGGAUGGAUGGAUGGAUGGAUGGAUGGAUUCCAAGAACGAAAAACGACCAGGGGCGGGCUUUUUCGCGGGUCCGCUCGGUCUCGGCGGUCGGUCUCGCUUUUUUUGCUCUCGCGGGAUGGAUAUGUAGAUGGAUGGACGAACGAAGCCGGGCUAGCAGGCACAAAUGGCGGUCCCGAGGCGCUGUUUUGGUCGCUUGAUGCUGCUGGAGAGAGGGGGGCCGAGAGAGGGGCUCGAGUCGUUGGUUGAGCAGGUGUAAGCUUUAUGGUGUG